CACCCCUCCGCGGGCCGAGGCGACCCCUCCCGCCUCCGCGUCCCAGGGCGGCCGCCCCGCGCGCCGCGUCACUCGGCGCCCUCGGUGAGCACCUACCACUGGCCGCGCCGCGGAGGGGAGAGGCCGCGACCCUUCCCCUGCCGGCGGGCGACGCGCCACCACUCGUGCCGCCUCGGCCUGGCGCUAAAUUUAAAAACUUAACAGGCGCAGCUGGCUGGCUCCGGAAACGAAAGUGAAUUCGUCCCCGCGGGCCGCCUCCCGGGCUCUGCCGGCGCCUCGGCGCGCGGCCCUACCCGGAAUAGACCCUUCUCCCGCCAUUUUCCCCCGGCUCCUGGCAGGCCCCGCGCCCCGCGGGUGAGGCCUGCCGCCGCCGGGCCUGCAGGCGUCGGGCUCGCGCCCCGCGGAGAACGCGGGCGGCAUGGACUCUGGAAACCGGGCUCGCGCCCGGCAACAUGUAUUCCUGCUUCCAGAAUAUUUAAAAGAUGCUUCAAAGAAGAUGAAAAGUGGGCUUAUGUUUGUAAAAUUGGUUAAUCCAUGUUCAGGGGAAGGAACCAUUUACUUGUUCAAUAUGUGUCUACAGCAGCUGUUUGAAAUAAAAAUUUUCAAGGAAAAAUACCGUUCUUGGUUUAUAAAUCAAUCAGUCCAAUCAGGAGGUCUUCUCCACUUUGCCACACCCAUGGACCCUCUAUUUCUGCUUCUCCACUACCUCAGAAAGGCUGAUAAAGAGGGAAAGUUCCAGCCCCUAGAGCAAGUUGUGGUGGAUGACAUGUUUCCAAAUUGCAUCUUGUUGCUGAAACUUCCUGAUCUUGAGAAGUUACUUCGACAUGUGACAGAGGAAAAAGAAAUAGACAAAAAGAAAUAUUACAAGUACAGCAAGGAGAAGACAAUAAAGUGGCUGGAAAAAAAGGUUCAUCAGACUGUAUCAGCCUUAAAAAGCAGUAACGUAAAUGUCGGUGGCCGGGUACAGGCAACUGCAUUUUUCUCUGGUGACCAGGUUUCCAGUGACAAGGAAGAGGAUUAUAUUCGUUAUGCACAUGGUCUGAUAUCUGAUUAUAUCCCUAAAGAAUUAAGUGAUGACUUAUCAAAAUAUUUAAAGCUUCCGAAACCUUCAGCGUCAUUGCCAAACCCUCCAUCAAAGGUGGCAGCACAAAGACAGAAAAGGGGCAAGUGACAGCAGGUCCAACGCAAAGCUUGGCUGCUUCUUCUAUAACUUAAGACACUCUCAAGGGGCUAAGACUUUUUCUUCUGCACCGUCUAGAAAUUCUGCAAAUGCCGAAAAGUAUACUUUAAAGAACUAACCCCUAACAAUCUAUUUCUUUAACACCACUAGUGCAUUUGGGUAAUGGCCUUUUGCGCUGGAGGCAACUCCAUCGUGGAACUUGAAUGCACUCCCAGAGGGUCCACAGUCUGAGAACUCAAGCCACAUCACCCCUCAGCCCCCGGCCUUUCUCCCAUUGUACAGUAUAGUGAUUCUGAUUUCAAAACAGUGGGAGGAGAAGGUGCAUGGUGAAAUUGGGGUCCUUUCUAAAACCUGCCCACGUUGGCCUGUGUCCUCUCCUGGGGCUAGCUAGCGUGGUGUAGGUACAUGUGUGCUGACUACCAGUACUUGAUUCCACACUAAAAGCUUUGACGAGCCAACUUCCUACCCUGACUUCAAAGAAAAAAGAAAAAGCCUGACUUUUCUGUACUCCUUAUCAGUUUGGCAGCUACUAAGUUAAAAUGAUAACUGAACAUGUGCAUUUUACAAUCUGCUGGAGUUAUAAACACUGAUUCAUUUUUAAAAGAAGUCUAAUAUGUGUAUUAUUAUUAUUUUUUAGAGUGAGGUCAUAAGACAUGGGGGGAAAGUUGAAAGUAGAGGCCAAAAAGUAAUUUAGUGGGGAAUUCUGAUGCACAGUUGAAUACGUUUUAGGGGGGUAGUGGAGGGAUUUGUGCAAAAAUACCCAGAGAUUUGAGCUGGCUCGUCUACAUGACACACAAGAGGAAUAGGGUAGAAGCCACUCAGUCAUCUUCCUGCAUUCACACAGGACCCCAAACCUCUUCUUCAAGAAACAACUUUGUUUCUUAUUCUCUGAUUCCAGCAGGUAAGUAGAACCUGGUUCUAGAAAGUGCUCUGUAAUUUUUGCCACACCUCCCUUCACAUAUAGAGAUUUGCAUUAACUUUGAAGGACUUUUAAUAUUCCUGUAGUUGAUGCUCUGUAGUUGAUACGUGAACCCUCCUCUUCAGAAACACAACUCUAGAGAGUCCCCUGUGGAAAUUGGGUGUAUGACAGGCUUCCAAGAGGGAGUGCUCGGCAGAAAUCACCUGCCAACUUGAGCAAAUCGGUUUGCCUCUCAGGACUUCAUUUCAGGGCAGGAGAACCAACUAAUGUGAUGGCUGUUCCUUAUCUCUUUCUCCUCCCGAAAGACACUUCUGGGAAACCUCCAUGUGGGCACCAUGCUCCCACGUGUAUAAGGCUGCCCCAACUUCAGAAAGUCUUGUUGGAACAGCUCUGUGUCUUCCACUGACUCCACUUAUCCAUUGUGUCCUUGGCCCCCUGCUUCUUUCUCUUCUCCUCUUCCCUUCUUUCUCUUUCUCCCCUCCCCCCCCACCUCUACACACACACACACACCCCCUCACUUAUUGCCUCAAAUAGUAACCCACUCCUUGGUGACCAGUCACUGAAUACUGGUGACACCUAAGUUGUCACUGGAAGCCCCAUUCUCUUACCUGUGCCCCAACCUCAUACCCCAUUGGCCUCUGAACUUUGAAGAACUAAUAACACUUUAAAUUCAACACACUUAAAUUAUAAAAAUUCAUUACUUUUUUAAAUUUUUACACAGUAAUUCAUGAUAUAUGCCUAAAAAAGUUAAAAAGACAAGCAUAGGCAAAAAUGACCCCUACCCCCACCUUUGCCCAGGCUCCUCUAGGUGUUUCCUCGGCCCUGAAUCUGCUUCUUUUCUUAGUCGUCCAAUUUCCAAUAUCCAGUUUCUAUCCUUUUUCUAGCUGGCAGCCCCACACUCACUUUCCAUACAAUCUACUUCAUUGCUUUACCUAUAUUAUUUUAUUAAAUUGGUAUAUAUUUUUAUGUUAUAUAUAUUAUAUGAUAUUAUAUUAUCCUAUUGAUUUCUCCUUCAGAAAUACUUCAUAGGAAAACUAAAAGCAGAUCAAUAGCAAUAAAACCCUGGUCGUUUCAAAAGAGCCCAGGGGGCGCCUGGGUGGCUCAGUCGUUAAGCGUCUGCCUUCGGCUCAGGUCAUGGUCCCGGGGUCCUGGGAUCGAGCCCCGCAUCGGGCUCCCUGCUCAGCGGGGAGCCUGCUUCUCCCUCUCCCACUCCCCCUGCUUGUGUUCCCUCUCUCGCUGUCUCUCUCUGUCAAAUAAAUAAAUAAAAUCUUUAAAAAAAAAAAAAAGAGCCCAUUCCUCAGCACGGCCACUGCCACCAAGCGUAAGGCUGUUUCCCAGCUGGCCUGUCAGCAGUCUUGAGGGCAGAGACCAUAUGGCCCAUGUCUCUAGUUCCCACAGAGCUGGACAGGCCUCCCGUAUUCCACCCUCAUCACAUGGGUCACUGUUGCACAAAUAAAAUGAGAUACUCCUCUCUUGUAAGAUUAUCAAGGACGUUUAGAAAACAGCCCUGCUUAGAGCCAGAAAGGAUGUGGGAAAUGAGUGCUGCUAGGAAAACUAUAAAAAAAAAAGGACAACUUCUGGAGGCCAAGUUGGAAAAAACGUAUCAAAAGCCUUAAAAUGUUGAAUUCCCUUUCCUUCAGCUAUACCCACUGUUAGAAAUAUAGGAAACAACCAUGAAUGUGUGCAAAGAUUUAGCUACACUCUGUGACCCCUCAGGGGAGGGAGAGAGAGGAAGAGAGAGUUUAAGGAAGACUGCACAUGAUUUCUCCCGACUCCACCUGUGUCUUUGUCCCUUAGGCUCUGUGUACCCCUAGGACGCCACUGUAAGAAAUCUUAGCCGUCAAUACAACUAUUUGACAACUCCUGUGAGUCCUGAUAGCAGAUACUCAAACAUGGGAGUGGCCUUGAGGACCCCUCAACACACCAUUGUGUCCCCAGAAACUCACGCGGUACUUGACAUUUAUGAAGUUGGUUAUUACCUAUUUUUUAGAAAGUGAAAACUUCAGAGGGCUGGAGUUAAAUCUAUCCUGUGAAAACUCUCAAAAGAACUAAGAAACAUUACAGUUUAUUAACUACAUCCCCAUGACCCAAAUAAAGAACAUUCAUUCUUCCCCAACAAGCAGAAUAAAAAAUGAUUCAGGAAAUUUAAUACAGUCCAAGCUAGUCAGAAUUUUUUCUCAAGAAGAUGAAUUUCCUGUAUCUGAAGUGAGGGGAGGCACGGGGAGCAAUGGCCGGGAUGCAAGCUCCCUGGUUUUCUCAUCUCCCUGCUGUCCCACCACACAUUGGCCAAUUCCAUCACAUAGAGUGACACACAGUAUGGGCAGCAGGGAGUGCUUCUCAACACUGGCUGCACGUUGUAGUCAUCUGGAGGUUUUUGUUUUUUUUUUUAAUUUUAUUUAUUUAUUUGUGAGAUAGAGAAUGAGAGAGAGCACAUGAGAGGGGGGAGGGGCAGAGGCAGAAGCAGGCUCCCCACCGAGCAGGGAGCCCGAUGCGGGACUCGAUCCAGGGACUCCAGGAUCAUGACCUGAGCUGAAGGCAGUCGCUUAACCAACUGAGCCACCCAGGCGCCCUCAUCUGGAGGUUUUAAAAAACACUGACACUGGGGCCUCUCCCCUACAAAUUCUGAUAGAAUUAGUCAGCGGUGUGGUCUGGGCACUGGGAUUUCCCCCACUGCCCUGCCCUUCCUCCCCUAUCCCCCACCCCCGCCAGGGCCUGCCUUUGAUAAUCCUAUUUCACAAGGUCCAGGCUUCCACUCAAGGCCAAUUUAUUCUUAUUUUUCAAAGACUUCCUAAAACUUCUGUUUUCUGGCUUCCUAGCUCACAGCCAAUGGGCAGGCUCACUGAGAAGAAAAAACACCACGUUUUUAUCUCAAUAGCAUGAGAAGAAGGGAGCAGUUAGGACAAGCGGAAGAACUCAAAACCAUAAACAUCAGGGUGAUUUCAGUUAGUCGCUCCUAAGAAUAUCCUGGUAGUGCUGAACAACGUCAUUCGAGAGAAUGACCGCAGUCUACACCACCACUCGGCACCACGCCCUGUUAUACGUGCUUGGCUUGAGGUAUAAGCUGAGGCCAAUUAAUUUUAAUAUUGAUUUUAAAUAUUUGGCAAGAGCCAUUCUCAGUAAUGAGCAUUCAUACGGUACCUACUGCCUUGGGGAAGCGCUCUCCGCCUUGAAAUGUAAACCCAUCCAUUUGCCAUCUUUAUACUUCUCUCCAGGGAAGACUGCAGACACAGAGGCCCAUCAGCUGGUCAUGGGCAGAGCUGUGAGCGAUCUUAACUUUGUAGCCCCCAGCAUGGCUGCUCAGGGAAUCCGCGAGCAGUGCGAGGUCAAUUCGGUGAGGUAAGCUUGUCCAGGGCGUGAAAAUCAGGCCGAGGACUUUGUCUCGGAAGUGGAUGGAAAUGUAGCUUCACCAACAGAAGAGAAAAGCCACAAAAAGAGGGAGAUGGGGAUUGCGGCGUUGGUGUAGACGGGCAGGUGCGCCUAAACUGGAAUGAUUAGGAUUUAGGCGGUGUAGACCGGCAGGUGCGCCUAAACUGGAAUGAUGGGGCUCUAGGUGGGCGUGGCCUGAGGCAAGGCGCCAGGGGCCGAAGGGCCCUGACCCUUCCUCAGAAGGAGAAGCAGAUGAGAACUCAGGAGGACGCGGUCAGAGCUCCUAAGGGGUUUGGAGAAUCUCUUCGGGAUAGCAUUUCACCUCUCUCGGCCUGGUGCCGUGGGAAAGAUGGCAGUUGCAGUUUCAAGAUGAGUUGUGGUUAGAACGUGCGCCCCAAGGAGACACCACAAAGGCUGGCUAAGAACCUGUGAGGAGCAGCUGUGCAGGGGCCAUGGGGUCGGCAGGCCCAGGCAGGGCCCCAGGAGACCCCAUCUACCCAGGUGUGGAGAAGGAGUCAGCUUUCAGAGCCCCUCAAGCCAGCCCUCCGUUGUCAACCAGCCCAGAGGUAAGUAAUCACUGAAUGGGCACUAAUCAUUUUACUACUCAUUUAUCUUCCCAGUGAAUGCUUUUCAACACUAGUGUUUACAUUUCCAAAGAAUAAAGACUUGUAAAAAGGGUGGUGGGGUUUAUGGCUGCAGGAAACUGGCUCCCAGUUUGCUCUGCUGACAGGUUUAUAAGACAAAGGAAGUUCUUAAGGUAAAAAGAAUUUCUAAGCAAAUAUAUUUUUAGGAAAUGAAUUUUUCGCCUUUUUUUCUCUUAACAAAUAUAAAGGUUAUUUGCAUUGAUUUCGUUAGUGAACAAUGAAAAAUGGUUGAAAUGCAGGGUUAUGUUUUUUAAAUGGGAACAAAAAUACCAAUGGGUUUUUUUGUUUGGUCCUGUUUUAAAAGAUAAGCUCGGUAAAAGACGUUAUUUUGUCCAUUUUAAAAAUGGCUAAUUUGCCUACAAUUAUUUUAUUAAAGUUUGAGUAAAUGAAUACCGUGUUGUUUAGAGUAUAGUUUGCAGAGCACUAGCCUGGACAGAAUGUAGUUACCUUAACACAGCCUGAUUUGGUCAUUGGGGGAUUAAUAGCAGAGUGGAUCCAAUUAUCUUGGCUGCAUUCAUGAUUAUAUCAAUACGAUGUGUAUUAAAAUGUCUGGUUUUUACCACAGAGAUAGGAAGGAAGGCAGGGGAGCAGAAGGGCCUGGGGACUGGAAAUGUUACCAUAGUCCAUGCAUUUCCAGCAGGACAGGCCAGCACACGAAAGAGAAUUGUUCUGGAAAGAACACGGAGCUCCUAGACCAGGAAGGUCUUCUACCCCAUCCAAGUAUCCUUGAGCCUGAUUUCCACCACAGGUGAUUCAUUUCUUGGAGUUAAACCUUGGGUUGUCCACUCUGUCGUCAGGCUUUAGAAAUCCUUUCCCUUCACUGGAAAAAUGAGGUCCAGAGAGAUGACUUGCCCCAGUGAUAAGCUAAGAAAAUAUCCUGAAUACUUUAAAUCCAUCUUGAGGCUUCAAAACAUCUACAUGCUCUGGAAAGUGAAUCUCGUAUGGUUUUACUUUUUUUUUUAAGACUUUAUUUAUUCAUUUGACAGAGAGAGAGACAGCGAGAGAGGGAACACAAGCAGGGGGAGAGGGAGAAGCAGGCCUCCCACGGAGCAGGGAGCCCAAUGCGGGGCUCGAAUCCCAGGACCCUGGGUAUCAUGACCUGAGCCGAAGGCAGAAACUUAAUGACUGAGCCACCCAGGCGCCCCCCAUAUGGUUUUCCUUUAAAAUAUCUUCAAAAUUCACUGCUUCGAUCCUUUAGACUGUUCACAUUGAAUUUGAAAUAUGAAUGUCCAUGGACUUUUCCGGUUUGAGUAUAAAGAUGGGAGAGCUGUCUCUCCCCUUCUUUGAAGUUGUGGAAGGCAAAAGUAAAAUAAGAAAUGAAAAUAAAAUAUCCGUUACUAGCAAAACUAGGAGGGAGUUAAAACUAAGAACAGCAAAAUAGUUGGAAGGCCUGCAUACAGCAGGGGAGCAGGCUGGGGAAUGGAAAAAAGGAGAGAAGAGUAUAUGGCUUCAGAAAUCAAGAUGAGUCAGUAAAAUACAUUCAUAAAAAGGGAGAGAUGAAGUGAGGAACAAAAUCUGAGUUUCAUGUUUUACUAUAGAGGAAACAAUAUACAAAUAAGGGCAGCAAGAACUUUCUGGACCCAGUUGUGAAAAGUAGAAAUGAUGGGAUUAAAACGCGUGCGUGUGCGCGUGAGCAGACACACACACACACACACACACACCCUCAUACACACACACACUUGCAGGGAAAGCCCUAUCUGCAAGCAGCAAGAAAGAAGAGAGGUGCUUUUUGAAAACCCCUAUAGCGCCUGUCUUUAUUGGCUGGGGAGAAUAGAUCUAAAACUCAUGCACAAAACCUUGAUUCAUAAAGAAAAUCCUUACUAGGAUAGAAUGUGAUCCUGCAAAUAUUUGGUCCAAGAAAAACUCGGUGGCCGCAAAGGGGAGACAUUGAAGAUAACCCACCCAAUUUAUUUUAGAGAUUCAAGAAAUAAAAAAAAGAAAAAGAUCAGGAAAAACAAAUGGCAGAUGAAGUGUUACCAAAGAGCGGAUGAAAAUAGGAAAAGGCAUUUUACUACAAAUGUGAAAUAUUUAAUUGCUGUCACCUCUACAAAGCCAGGGCAUAAAGCAGAGGUGUGACUAUCUGUUGGCAGUGACAGCAAGACAAGAGACCAAGAGUGAACUGGAGAGAUUCAGGGUAGAAAUGGGAGAAAAAAUAAACUGUCAAAGAAACGAAGGUGAAUUGGGAGAGAAAAUAGAUAAUAAUAAAACACAGGAGCUCAGAGGAUCAAAAUGAGAAAACCAAACAAAAUGAAAUGGAUAUGGGUGUGGGAAAGAUUUAUUAAACAGGACACAAAAAGUGAGCAUAAGAUUGAUCCAAAAACCUGGUAAUAAUUGUAUAAUUUUUAAAAACCAAAGUUAUUUAAAAAUACAAAGCAAAAUUUUACCAAAUAGACUCAAGCGACUCAUUAAAAGAAUAGUAUAAUAUGACAAAGUGGGAUUUAUUCCAGGCAAAGAUGGUUCAAUUUUAGGAAGUCUACUUAUAUGAAUUCCCAUAUAAAUGAUCAAAGAAAAAAACCAUGUAUUUAUCUCUUUAGAUGCUUUGAAGAUGUGUAGCAAAAUUAAACUUCCAUUAUUGAUCUAAAAUAGUUCAGUGACAUAGGAAUAGAUGUGUACUUGCUAACAUAAACCAAGCUGAAAGUCAACGUUAUGUUUAAAGGCGAAAUACCAACAGCAUUCCUACUAAAGUCAAGAAUGAGCUAAAAAUGUUAUAAACAGAAAAGAGAAAUUAGGCCUAUAAGAAUUGAAAAGAUACAAUAUCAUCAUUAUUUGCAAAUUAUAUAUUUGUAUGCUUGGAUGACCCAAGAGGAUCGAUCAUCUGAAAAAGACUAUGAAAAUAAGAAUUUAGUAAGGUGGCUUAAUAUAAAAUCAAUAUAUAGUUUUCAAAAGCUUUCAUACAUUUAAACAACUGGUUAGGAGAGGUAAUGGAAGACCUUUUUACACUUAGAAUAACAACAAAAAAGCUAAAAUAACCAAGAAUAAUGUUCCAGAUCUUUAUGAAACAAAAACUUUAAACUGAUCCUGAAAGACACAAAAGCAGGUUUAAACAAAUGCAGGCAUACCAUAUGCUUGGAUAAAAGGAGUGACUCUCCUGAAGAGGGCAAGUCUCCCUAAAUUAAAUCUCCCUGUGUGUAAUUCCAAUUAGUAUAAUGCCAGAUUAUUUUGUGACUCAACAAGUUGACUCUAAAGCUCAUAUGAGAAAAUUAAUUAGGAAGAAUAUUCAGAAGAAUUCUUUGAAAGAAGACUAACAGGGCACACACUAGCCAUCUCACGUAUUAAAUGAUAGUUUUAUGUUACAAAAAUUAAGAUGUGAUAUUAAAUGAAUAGAGAAAGAAUCAGAAUAAAAAUACUACAGAUAGACCUAAAUGCAUUUUAAAACUUAUGAUACAAGUAACAUGUCAAAUCAGUAGCAAAAAAUAUGGGCCUAUUUAAUAUGUGAUUUUUAAGACAAGUAGCAGUUUAGAAAACAAAGUUAGAUGCAUCAGAAUGAAUUCUAAAUGGAUCAAAGAUUAAAUGGUAAAAGAUAAAAGAAAUGGAAGAAAUAUGGGAGACUUAAAAAUAAAAUUCUUCCCGGCAAAAAUCAAUAUAAGCAAAGUCAAAAGACACAAUAACUGGGAAAAGCUAUUUGUACCUCAUAGCACAAAGAACCAAUUUUCUAGAAACGGAGAUAUAAAAGAACAAACCGAUAGAAAAAUGGGCAAGGAAUUGGCACUUUAAAUGAACGAAAAUGCACCAAAUUGCAAAUGCAUCUGUCCUUUGACUCACUAAUUUCAGUUCUGGGAAUUUAUAAACCUGCACCUGUGCGAAACAAUAUAUAGGUAAGAUUAUUCAUGAGAUCAUUGACAUAACAAAAGACUGGAAACAACCCGGAUGUUUAUCUAGAAGGGGCUAAUUAAUUGAAUUAUGUGCAUCUGCAUAAUGUGUUCAAGUUACCAAUUGCUAUGUAGCAAACGACCUCAAAAUACAGUGAUUAGAACAGAAAUGUGUUAUCGCUCAGUGUUCCGUGGUUGACUGGACUCAGCUGGGCGGGUCUCACUUCGGCAUUCUCAUGGGGUUACAGUCAGAUGGUGGCAGGGCUGAGAUUAUCGGAGGCCUCCAUAGUCUUCACUGCCACCCUGGCUCGCAGGCUAGCAUGGCUAAAGGAGCCGGGGACUGGCCGAACACCUCCUCGCAUGCUGUCUCUCCACGUGGCUGGCUUGGCUUCCACACAGCAUGAUGGUCUCAGGGUAGUCAGAUUUCUCCCCCGGGGGAGUGUCCCACUCGGCAGAAGGUGGAGGCAGCCGGCCUCUUCAUGCCUAACCUGCAUACACAGCCUCACUUGCACUGUAUUCUACUAAUCGAACAAAUCAUUAAGGCCGUCACAUAUUCAAGGGGAGGGAAGUAGAACCUGCCUCUCAAUGGGGAAAAGGAACAAAGAAAAUGGGGCUCUCUUUAAUGUGUCACAUAAUGAAAACACGCAGUUGUAAAAAUGAAUGAGGAUGUUCUGUAGGUACUGACGUGGAAAAAUGUCAGGUUCUGUUGUUAAGUGAAAAAACCAAGCAUAGAACAAUGUAAAUAGCAUCUUUUGUGUAAAGUCAGUAGGCGUGGGGAAUAAAAACACCUAUGUGUGUUUGCUUCUAUUUUCAUAAAGAAAACAUUAACAAGAAGCCGAUUAAAAAUGCUUAUCUAUAAUGAGAGCAGUGUGUGGAUAGGUUCAGAGAUAGGAGAAAGACAUCUUAAUAUAGGCCUUUUUAUGUUAUUUUGACUUUUGAAAUCGAAUUGGAAAACAAAAUACUUGAACAUCUUAAGGAAUGCAAAGAUGCUCUACCUUGCUCAUUUCCUUAGGGUGCUGGAGCUAUUUGGGGACCCGUGUGAUGGGCUCUAUUUUGACAGUCCCAUCGGUUUCCAAAAAAUCUUCAUUUCACCAUCACAAUAAUAAAAAUCAACUCAGAAAAUAGUCCAUUUGGUCAUAUGUUUAGUUAUAGCCAAUGGCCCCCACUAGUAAUAUUGCCUACAAAUUAAUUGCCAUAUUUGUGCUGGUCUGAGGGUAUGGAGAGGGGGUUAUUUUUCUUCAUUGUCAAAUCCAAAGUGCCAUUUCAAAUGUAAUUUUCAAUAUGUCAAAAUUGUCAAAAUAGAAGAUUAGCCAGUGGUGUGCUAACUGUUAAAUAUUCAGGAGUUCUCCAAGCCAUUUGUUAAACCACUGGUAGCUUGAAAUUGACUAUGGCGACUACUUCCGGUACACAUAAACAAAUAAAUUAGCAUCGGGUUGCAAUGGGUGUAUGAAUGAAAAACACAGGGAAGAGUGGAAGAGAAGGAACAGAAGGGGUGCUCACUUACACCAGGGAUUGGGCAAGGUGGUAUAUGGAAAUUAUACUGACUUCAUCAGUGAGACUUAGGGUUUCCACUUUCUCUGUCUCUGUAAGAAACUGUGCAGACAUGGACCGGGAAAGGAUUUUUCUUAAGUAGUUAACAUGUAUUGCACGGUUACAUGUGCAAGAUACUAGGUGCUUUGCAAGCAUCAUCUCACUAGUCAUCCUAACAACUUUUUGAAACAGGCACUAUGAUGGUUUCCAUUCUACAGAGAUGAAACUGAGAGCCCAAUGGUGGAAAAUGAUUUGCAUAAGCCAAUGAGCCCCAGAGCCAGACUCCAAAUCUGGUGGCUUGGCUCCAGUGCCCACUCAUUUAAGCAUCAGCCUGUAAACGCUUCACAUUAUUACUUGGAAAACUCAGAAACUCAUGAUGAAGGAAAAUAAAGUCACCCAUAAUUCUAACUUCCAAAGAUGACCACUGUGAACAUUUUUAUCUAAACCAGGGGCUUUCAAUCGUUCUGAGGGCUGUGACUCAUGAAUAACUGUGAGUAACUGGGGCUCCCUCUGAAAAGAUUUUUCUCAAAGGUGUGAAAGGUGUAAUCUGAAAAAUCCCACAUGUUUUUUAUAUGGUCUGCUCACUGUCCCAUUUUAUUUCUUCUUCUAAUAAAUGGCAUGGUUUUUCAAAGUGCACAUUGUCCAUAAUCAGGUAUAAAGAAAUUUGACAUGUUUUUGCUAGAAUGAUUGAUGGAAAGCUUUCCUGCACUGUCGCAUUCCUACUGUACCCUCGUUGGACAGCAACCUGCUUUACUUUUCUUAAGAUGCUAAGUCUUGUGGUGAUAUGCACACAUAGUCACAUACAGAGUUACAAUACAUUUAUAAUACAUGUUACCUGAGAGCCAGGUUCAUACUCAAACACACACACACACCCCCAUUAGUUUUUGGAAGAGUUGGGUCAAAAUCAAUUUUGAUUUUACCAAAUAUACUCACUUUGAAAAAGUCACAAUCACAAGAUUACCAUUAUAUUUUCAAAUAAAUGUGUUAAAGAAAAGAAAAGAGCAAAACAAACUUCCUCUUCAAUCAGAGGUGUUUUUGAAAAACUUUCAGUGGCAAAUAAAUGGUUGAAUCUGAAGAAUUUUUAGAGAUUUCUUUGUGAACUGAUUUAUUUUUUGGUCAAAUGUUUAAUUAAAAAUACUUUUAGAUAUGUAAAGAACUUACGAAGACGUUAAAGUUCUUUAUGGAAAGGUAUUAUAUGCUAAUAACUGAUCGUGGACACUAGCCAAUUGAAUGACAUUAGUUAUGACAUAUAUUUUGAGGCUAAUUAACCUCUGUUUUAGCUCUUUUUGAUUUUUAAGAUUUUUAAUUCCCGAUUUUUAAUUGGUUUUCCCAUUUUCUUUGCUCCUAGUUUUCCUCCUUUUGGUCCUUAGUGCUUGGUCUCAAUGGCGCAAGACCUUGCUGGCGUGGUGGGUUACUCAGGAUGGCUCAUCCCAUCCACGGGUGAGGGCCCUGCUGCUUUGUUAGGCUCCUAAGUGACCCCUUCUUGAGUGAUUUGUGGCUUCAGUGUCUUAUGCUUGUCACUAGUGUUUUCAACCCUUUUCUAUUAAGGCCUUUAUGUAUGGGAAUACUUUCAUGAUAUUUUUCAUCUCUGCAACGCAAGCUUAUUAUUCUCAUAUUUUCAAACAAAUGUAUUCAAUAGAGAUGGACAAAGUAAAAUUUUCCAUAGCAGAAAUUUAAUUUCUUCCUAAUGUAAGACAAAGCCAAUAGUCUAAAAAGUUUUGAAUCCCUUAGUUUUUCCACCCUUGGAUAGAUAAGGUAAAACAAGUCACAAUCAGAGGGUGCUGUGUGUGUGACUGUCCCUAGCAAAUUAGUGUUUACUAGUCCCUAGCAAAUUAGUAAACGUUUUGUCUCCUGAAGCCUCUGGUUUUGUUGCAUUAAUGUUAUCUCCCUGCAGUGGCGCUUCAUGGACUUUCAAAAUGGUACUUGUUGAUCUGGAAAAGUAGCGGAGAUUCCUACGUACAGCUGUUUUAUUUUAUUUUGUCAUAUGCUUAGUUUACAAAUAAGUUUUCAGAAAAAUAAAAUGCCUUCCCUUUUCUCUCAAUUGCAUUUGUCAUCAGCUUUCAUGUUAGUCCAAGGCAGCCACGUAGUGGGGAAAUUCAGGGACUGCUAAAGUCCAAAGCCACGAGCCAAAGCCUGCUCUGAGUUGUUUCUUCCCCAACAGAAGAAAGCCAUGACCAGGAUUUGGGGGCACUUCACUGCUUGGUAAUAGAAGUGAAGUUAAACUCGGUUUUAGACACAUUGAGUGAUGAAUCUUACUGCAUGAUUCAGGCUCCAAACUAACCAUUCGUUUCCACUGCUGGAUAUCUUAAUGGGAAAAAUUAGCUUUUAACUUUUUUUUUUUUUAAAGAUUUUAUUUAUUUAUUUGAGAGAGAGAGAGAGAGAGAGAGAGCAUGAGAGGGGGGAGGGUCAGAGGGAGAAGCAGACUCCCUGCCGAGCAGGGAGCCCGAUGCGGGACUCGAUCUCGGGACUCCAGGAUCAUGACCUGAGCCGAAGGCAGUCGCUUAACCAACUGAGCCACCCAGGCGCCCUAGCUUUUAACUUUUAUUUAGGUCUCUCGUAUUUAGUUCGCUCCAACUAUAUGUGUCUGACAUCGGGCUUCAUCAAGGGUGCAUGAGCGAGUGUGCCUCAUCUUCCCCCUACUAUCUGUUGAAACAUUAGCAAGUCUGCAGCCAAGCUGCCGGAGCCAAGACCAGAGGUGGUGGUGGGGCUGGGGGUCUAGAACUAAAGCCCAGUUCUUGCACUUAGCUCUGUGCCUCUUUCUUUUAUUUUUUAAAGAUUUACUUAUUUAUUUAUUUAUUCAUGAGAGAGAGAGAGGUAAAGGGAGAAGCAGACUCCCCAUGGAGCAGGGAGCCCGAUGCGGGGCUCGAUCCCAGGACCCCGGAGUCAUGACCUGAGCCGAAGGCAGACGCUUAACCGACUGAGCCACCCAGGCUCUCCUGUGCCUCUUUCUCCAUCCGUAAAAUCGGAUAAUAAUAGUCCCUACCUCAUGCUCACAGGACCAGAGCACUUGGCCGGGGCUUGGCACGUAACAAGUAUGCGGCCAGGAGCAGCCACACUAGGGUCGCCGCCACAUUUUCCAGCACGAGCACCUUGUCUGUAACACUGACCGUUGACAGGAAGCCGCUCCAUCACACAGACCUCAGGCUGCAGCCAGCUCCGCUUCUCUUUAGACUAACCGGAGCCCCCUGUGAGAGGGAAGCAAAACCAGCGAAAACACUCUGAAGCUGUGCAUUUGGAGGCCGAGAACCAGAUGCACAGAGCAGAGUCGGCCUGUGUCCGAACGCGCAUUGUGCUCGGUCCGCUAAUGCCGCCCUCACACGGAUGAGUGCAGCAGUUCAGUGACCUCUCAUUAUCACGUUGUGAAGUUAAACAGCCACAGGAUCUACGAACUCUCAUCCCACAGUUAAUUAUUCCUAGAUUUUUCUGCACCCUUGCAACAUAUUCUAUUUAUUUAACCAUCUCCUGGGAGUGCCGGUCGCCUUUGUCCCCAUCACACAGCCAGUGGUAUAAAACUUCUGCAUCUGUCAGAUUUCUCCAUGUGGAGCAUAAUUGCCUGAUUUCCAUUUGAAAGUGCAGCCCUGACAUUACAACUGCAUAGACCCACCCGUGGUAACAGUGAUGUCCUGACACCUACAAGGGCAUGGGGGGUGCAUAAUGCUGUAAUAAAUACGUGCACCAAAUGCACUCUUGCCUUCAGAUGGACCAGGUCUGAGUUUACAGCUGCGGAUGAAGUAUUCCUCAGGAACAAAAAAUAAAAAAAAUUAAAAAAUAAAAGAAUAAAGAAAAAGAAACCAACAGAUUAGCAUCAGCGUGAGUCUGGUGGAGCCAGAUGGCUCUCUGUGGAAAUCGAGCUUUCCCGCUUUCUUCCAGUAACCCCGACUAGCAGACAGCAAGCCUGCUAAGAGGGGAGAGAAAUGAUCUCAUUCCUCAGCCAGGCACGUGAUUUGCCUUCUUUCUCUCACACACAACUCUAGCUGAAGGAAAGUUGGAAAAGAAGACAGGGUGAGAAAGAAGGGGUGGGGAAUCGGGGUUGUUGUAAAGAAUUAGCAGUGGUACGUACAGGAGGGGUGAGACCCCAGCCCCUGCCAGUCUCCAGCAUUUGAAAACCAGGCUCAGAUGGCCCUAGAGACCAGGUGGACAGUGACAGGGGCAGCAGAAGGGGCAUCCUGGCGUGUCAUUAUCCCUUCCACCCACGUCCAUGAACUCCACCUCCAGAGGCUUGGUAUAGAAGGGUUGGGAGGUUGGGCAGGGCUGGCUGGGGCAGCCACAGGAUUAAGCUCUGGGCUCCCUUGAGGAAGGAUGGUGGGUAGUGUUUUCAAGUUCUUACUAAUGAACAUGUCCACCUCUCUUGGUGGGCUGCAGGCCAGUGAGUCUGUAACAGUCCCUGGCUAGCUAGACCGGGUCCAAAGCCGGACGCACCAUCUGCUUGGAUCUGAGUCUGCCGUGCCCAGGACUGUGGCCUGGAGUGCAGGGAGCUGAGGGGCUGGAGCCAGAUGGGGCUGCCGGGUGAAAUGAACCUAACAGGUUGUAGGUGCGGGAGUGUGCCUCUUCUCCAAGGUCCUAAGGCCUGGAGGGGGCUCAGUGUGGCCUCAUUGUGCCUUUCCUGCUGAGUAAAGCAUUUGCGGCUCAUAAACAAUCUUUCUGGAGUGACAGCCAGAUGUUCGGCUGAUGGACAUCAGGCCGACCACCAGAUGUUGUUAGAGCGGAGCACUUGCAGCAGCGUGUGGAGGGGCAGGCACCCCCCAAGCUGAGCUGCCCUCUUCGUGGAUGUUCACAUGCCCCAGCUUGGCAUGGGGGCUCCUGAGGGCCCGACCCAGAGAAGCGCAUCCAAGAAAGAAUGCUCUCUUGAGAGUGCCAGGGGCUCGCAGAGCACGUCGGCAGCCUGGCUGGGUUUCCCCGGGCACCUGAAGUUUGUCUCCACCAGUGCUGACUCCGGAGUAAACAGUAGGCUCCAGAGGGAUACCAAAUGCAGGAUGUAGUCAUUUACAGCUGGAAAUAAUGAUUCCAAUCAUAAUAAACACUGAACCAAA